CGCCGGCGACUUCCCCCCGACAACCACCGCUUCCUCGGACUCCCGCACCCGCCCCGCUGCCGCUUCCGGAUCCCGCCUCUCGCGAGAGCUCUCCGACCAAUCGCGAGCGGCGCCCCGACGCGCAGGCCUCGCCCCUCGGCCCGCUCCGGGAGGCGGGCUGCGGCUGGGAGAGGGGCUGGGUGCGGAGGGCGGGGAACACGAACAUAGCAGAGGAAGCGGAAGUAGAUACCGGCGGAGCUGGCGGCGGGAGGCAUGUUGGGUUUUUCCUUGCUGGCCUUCAGUUACCAUGGGUAUACCAGUCUUCAUACUUGCUGGUCUCCUUGUGCAUUUUGUCUUCAUGGCCUCUAUUUUUGACAUCUACUUCAGCUCCCCUCUGGUUCAUGGUAUGACUCCUCAGCAAACUCCACUGCCACCUCCAGCAAAGCGCCUGGUACUCUUUGUUGCUGAUGGUCUGCGGGCAGAUUCUCUGUUUGAAUUGAACAGCAACAAUACUCCCCAAGCACCUUACCUGCGUGCUAUUCUGGAGAAUAAUGGCAGCUGGGGCAUCUCUCACACCCGAGUCCCAACAGAAUCCAGACCAGGGCAUGUUGCACUGAUAGCUGGGUUUUAUGAAGAUGUCAGUGCAGUUGCUAAAGGAUGGAAGGAGAAUCCAGUGGAAUUUGACUCAGUUUUCAAUGAAAGCAAAUACACGUGGAGCUGGGGAAGCCCAGAUAUUUUGCCAAUGUUUGCAAAAGGUGCUACUGGAGAUCAUGUUUACACAUUUUGUUACACAGCUGAAAGUGAAGACUUUGGAGCACAAGAUGCAGCUAAACUUGAUACCUGGGUAUUUGAUCAUGUUAAGAGCUUCUUUAAUUCUUCCAGAAGUAAUCAAACAUUGUUCUCUGCACUAAAUGAAGAAAAAGUGGUCCUGUUCUUGCAUUUGCUCGGCAUAGAUACAAAUGGACAUGCUCAUCGGCCGUACUCAAAGGAAUACAAGGAGAAUAUUAGAAAAGUUGAUGAGGGGGUAAAAGAAAUUGUUUCAAUGCUCGAAAGCUUCUAUGGAAAUGAUGGGAAAACUGCAUAUGUCUUAACUUCUGACCAUGGAAUGACAGAUUGGGGAUCCCAUGGAGCUGGUCAUCCCUCAGAGACUUUAACACCACUGAUUGCCUGGGGUGCUGGAGUGAAUUAUCCACAGGAAGUUACAUCCCAGCUCUUUGAAGACAAUUUUUUGAAAGAAUGGAAGCUGGAGAAUCUGAAGAGAAUGGAUGUCAAUCAGGCUGACAUAGCACCGCUGAUGGCUUCCCUUAUUGGUGUUCCUUUCCCCUUGAAUUCUGUGGGAACCCUGCCUCUGGAAUACCUGAACAAUAGUGAUCAUUUCAAAGCAGAGAGCAUGUUUACCAAUGCUCUUCAGGUUCUCGAGCAAUUUAAGGUUAAAAUGAGUCAGAAAAAGAGAACUACAUUGUCAUUUCUGUUCACACCAUUUAAACCACUUUCUGAUUCUGAACAGAUCAACUUUUUAAAGAAAGCAAGAGAAUAUAUUCAGCAACAAAAGUACAGUGAAGCAGUAUCUCUGUGCAAAACCCUGAUUAACCUUGCUUUGGAAGGCCUGUCGUAUUACCAUACUUAUGACAGGUUAUUCCUGGGCCUAAGCAUUGCAGUAAGUUUUGUGGGAUGGACGACUUACGUGAUUCUUGUGAUUAUUAAGACUCACACCAAUUUGAUUAAGGCUACUCAGGGUAAUAAUAAGGAAUCUACUGGUCCCUUGUAUGGUUUUGCAUUUGUUGGGAUGAUAAUAGCUUUUUUCCUGUUGAUUCAGACAAGCCCUUGGACUUACUAUGUAUACUGUCUGUUGCCAGUACCCAUAUGGUAUGCAGUUGUGAGAGAACUUCAUGUUAUUCAAGACCCUGCUGCAAAUCUCUGGUCACUUCCUAUUGGUCAGUCUUUGGGCUUCCUGUUGAUUUGUAUACUGGGAAUUGAACUACUAGUUUUCAGCUUUUUCUACCGCUCUACACUUACUGUGGGUCUUCUUGUCUUUGCUGGCUGGCCAAUGAUCACACAGCUGUGGGUUCAAGCAAAGAGAACAACAUUGAUCUGGACUCUUCUGUGUGUGCUCCUGGCAAUAUUUCCUUUAAUGCCUGUUGUAGGAAGAGAACCAAACAUUCCUCUGGUAGUAGCUGCUGGUUUGGUGACACUUCUGAUCUCUUGCUUCUCCUUGGCAUCUUUUUCUAGAAGUAAAAAUAAAUACCAAAGUAAAGAAGAUCUGAAAGUAUAUUUUUAUCAGAUGUUCAGUAUUGCACUUUCAACGUAUGUUGUGAGCAGUACUCAUAACAGUCUUAAAAACAAGCAAGGAUUGCCUGUAUUCAAUCAAAUUAUCAGUUGGAUGACUCUAGCUUCUUCCUCUGCAUUGCCAUUACUGAGUCCCACAUUGCUCUUCCAGCGACUGUUCAGCAUACUGCUUUCACUGAUGGCCACCUACCUGCUCCUCAGCACAGGAUAUGAAGCUCUAUUUCCACUGGUGCUCUCCAGUUUGAUGUUGGUGUGGAUACAGAUGGAACAAGAAGCAUUGCAGCAUUAUGGUCUUUCACUCAAACCAAAGCUUGCUUCCUUCAACUUCUCCUAUGCUACUGAUAUAACUCAGUUUCGACAGCUCCACCUAGAUGACAUCCGCAGGUCUUUCUUCUUUGUUUUCUUCAUAGUGACAGCCUUUUUUGGCACAGGAAACAUAGCUUCCAUUAACAGUUUUGAUCCUGCGUCUGUCUAUUGUUUCCUGACUGUGUUCAGUCCGUUUAUAAUGGGAGGCUUGCUUCUCUUGAAGGUUGUAAUACCAUUUCUUCUGGUAUCGUGUGCUUUUGAAGCUGUUCAAGUCACAACACAGCUGUCAUCUAAGAGCCUUUUCCUCAUUGUUCUUGUGAUUUCAGACAUUAUGGCUUUGCACUUUUUCUUUUUGGUUAAAGAUUAUGGAAGCUGGCUUGACAUAGGCACAAGCAUUAGCCACUAUGUGCUGGUGAUGUCGUUGACCAUAUUUAUGAUGCUGAUGAACGGACUGGCCCAGCUGCUAACUACAAAGAGACUUGAACUUUCCAGAAGGACUAAGCACCAUUCUACGUGAUAAAGCAAUAAAUAUUCCUGCCCUUAAGUUCACCCUCUGCCUUCUUCUGAACCAACUUCCACUUCUGUAAUGUAAAUAUAAGUUAAUGGACUUGAGUGCUAAAAUCCCAUCCUGGAUCAGAGCGCGCUGCUGACAGAGUCAUACUGUCCUAUGACUGAAAUUUGUAUUUGGAGAUUGUCAUUUAGACAUCAGUGGGACUGAAACAACCUUGGCUUUAUUCUCUAAGUGCGCAUAUUUUUUGAAAAUAAAAACAAUAUAAAGUCUGAUUUAAAAGAAAUAGGCAAUCAUUUUUUGUUUUUUUUUUGUUUUUUUUUUCAAUUGUUAGAACUCUUCCGCCAGCUGUUUAUCUCAUGUGCAUGCUUUCAUUUGGAGUCUGCAAAGUCCCGCCUUCACUGCACGUCUCACACAAGCACUUCUCAGACUGAAGCAUGAAUAAAAUCAGUCUGGGCAGAUUUUUGUAUGUUGCCAGUAUGGCAUAUGCAUUUGACUAUCUCUGAAACUGGAUAUAACUUUUGCAAGCCUGUAAACCUGAGACAGGCUGUGUAUGUAAGACAGGUUAAGAUUGGUAUGCUGUGAAGUUCUUGCUGUGAGACAAAAGCUUUUAGCUAACCUGAGUGCAAACUGUGGUCUCCUGCUGCCUCUGUCGCUGACACUUGGGCAGGCUGAGCACUAAGCCAGA